AUGGAGUAUCGCUAUAUAACUGGGUUCCGUGAAGGAUCUAAACUAUUAUACAUUGAAUCGCAAAAGUUCUUAUAUCGUUUAAAGUCCAAAAGAGGAGAUGUGCAAGACUACAUUUGUUAUCAAUCAAUAUUGGCGAAACCAAAGAAAAAUCAAACCGAAAAGGAUCAGUGCGAUUGUGGUGCUCGAGUUCGAAUUCAUUCAGACGGAUUAUGCGAAAAGAUACAAAAUUCGAAACAUACGCGUCAUAACAAUCAUGAUCAAAUCGUACGAGGUAUGGAGAAAUCCGACAACAUCAAACAAAGAUUUGUCAAGUCCAAAAUGAUAAUGCAAGACAUAUGGCAUUUGAAAGAGGUUGAUUGGGACAACAAAGUACCGGAAAGCAUAGAAAAAGAAUGGUUGGAACUAUACGCAAAUCUCCCACUGCUAACAGAAUUCAAGAUAAAGCGUUGGUUGAAAACAAAUAGAAAAAAUGAAACACAAAUACAUGGAUUUUGUGAUGCGAGUGGAAAAGCGUAUGGCACUGGAGUUUAUAUCAGAGUGGUAGAUGAAAAUGAUGAAAUUUCAUGCGUUUUGUUGUCUGCCAAAUCACGCGUAGCGCCACUAAAUACGGUAAGCAUUCCGAGAUUAGAACUUUUAGCGGCAGUAAUGCUAAGCGAGCAAAUUGAAGCAAUUGUUGAAGCAUGUGAAUUUCAAGAGAAAGAUAUCACGUUAUGGUCAGACUCAACUGUAGUGUUGAGUUGGAUAAAAAAGGAACCACAUGAGUUGAAAGCGUUUGUUGGAAAUCGGAUAGCAACGAUUCAAGAAAAAACCAAGCUAAUGAAAUGGAAACAUAUACGCACAAACGACAACCCAGCUGAUUUAGUAAGAAGAGGCAUGAAAAUGCAAGAUUUUUUGAAAAGCAAAGAGUGGUUAGAAGGCCCAUCGUGGCUAAAGCAAAAAGAAGCGUUAUGGCCAGAGUCAAAAAUGAUCGUUACUUCCGAAGCAAAAGAGGAAGUAAUGAAAGAGUGUAAAAAGCAAUGCGAUGCACAAACAUUUUUCAUGACUUCCGGAAAAGACCACCUGAUGUUGUAUAAUAAAUUUCAAAGUUGGGACACGUUGAUUAACGUAACAGCAUACGUGCUAAGACUAUGCCACGGUAUAAUGAUGCGUAAUAUUCGAAAAGGCAAUGCAGGCAUGGAAAAGCGUUUCUUAACUUCUGAUGAAAGAAAUAAAGCGGUUGAGUUCAGGGUAAAAUUCGAGCAGAGCAAAACAUUCAGAAAAGAAAUCGAAUGCAUAAAAAAUGAGAAUAGAUUGCGAAUCAAAAGCGACAUUAAUUCACUGCGUCCAAUUUUAGAUGAGAAAGAAAUAUUGCGAGUAGGUGGCAGAAUCGACAAAGCAAAUAUGGCAUAUGAAAGAAAGCAUCAAUACAUUAUACCGCACAAGUCAAGACUUUCAUAUCUUCUUCUCAAGCAUGCACAUGAAGCAACAAUGCAUGGAGGCGCGCAAUUAAUGAUACACUUCUUGCGAAAAAAAUUUUGGAUACCAAAAUUAAGAGCUGAAGCGAAACAGUACAUUAAUACAUGCGUACAAUGCAUUAAACAAGCCCAAAAAACUGCUGAUCAAAUAAUUGGCCAAUUGCCGAGAGUGAGAUUACGCCCAGCGCCAGCGUUUCAGAACGUCGGUGUUGACAUGGCAGGCCCAUAUAGAAUUAAAGCGAUAAGCAAACUAAACACCAAUACACGUGGACGUAAUCUGCCCGAUACAAAAGGCUGGAUCACAGUGUUCGUAUGUUUAGUCACAAGGGCUGUGCAUCUCGAAGUGGCUAAUGGAAUGUCAUCAGAUGAUUUUUUAGAUGCGUAUCAAAGAUUUACGAGCAGAAGAGGCAAUCCCGAAAUAGUUUACAGUGACAAUGGGACCAAUUUCAUAGGCGCAAAUAGAGAAAUUCAAAAAGCGUAUGAGAUAUGGAAGACCGAACAAAUUCAGCAUUAUGUUCAUGCCAAAGGCACUGAAUGGAACUUCAUAACGCCGUCAGCUCCAAAUGAAGGUGGUAUUUGGGAAGCGGCUGUAAAAUCAAUGAAGCACCAUCUAAAGCGAGUAAUGGGUACGCAAAGUUACUCUUUUCAAGGCAUGAGCACUCUCACAUCAAGCGUUGAAGCAUGUCUGAAUUCGAGGCCACUGUGCUCUCUCUCAGAUGACCAUGAAGACAUGGAAGCAUUAACGCCAGCGCAUUUCCUUAUAGGAAGAUCUCUGAAGCUCCCAAUGCAUGAAAAGGCUGACAAGCCACCAUAUAAUAUUAAGCGUUUAUUUCUCCAAAAGCAGUUUCAAAUUCAAGCGUUCUGGAAACAAUGGUCCAAUGAUUAUUUGCAAGCACUCUCUCAAUUACCAAAAUGGAGAGAGGAGCAAGACAAUUUAAGAGUUGGCCAGUUAGUUGUUAUUAAAACUGACAAUGUCCCGCCAACAUAUUGGGCUAUGGGGAGAAUUAAGCAGACGCACGCAGGCAGUGACG